UGCUUCUCUCAAUCUUUCAAUUUUCCAUAUUUCAUUGCCAAUGGUCCUUCACUUUGAUUUGUCAGAUAAGAUCUUAGGUAUAAGUCCUCAGUCAGAUAACAAAAAGUGAACAUGAAGUAAAAGACAUAACAUGCCUUUCCGCUAGGCACCGAACGCCUUCAUGACUGACAAUUCGUCAGCAGAGAAGGAUGCUUUAUGCAUGGUAUGGCCCCAAGCAACACAGCUUCUCUGUCACUUCCACGUCUUGCAAGCGGAGUGGAGGUGGCUCACAUCCACAAAGAACGGGGUGCCACGGGAAGACAGGCAGAAGCUGAUGUCGUCUUUCAAGCAGAUCCUCUAUGCAGAUUGUACAGACAAGCUGGAGGUGGCAAUUGCCAAUCUGAGACAGCUCUCCCACGAUAGGUACACCUCCAGAGUGGUGGCCUUCCUCAGCAGGAAGGAGGAGUGGGUGUCUCUGUUCAGGGAAGGAGUCUUGACACGAGGGCAUCAAACAAACAACUUUGCGGAGGCAUCGAUCCGCAUACUGAAGGAUAUAGUCCUCUGCCGGACGAAAGCGUUCAAUGCAGUUGCACUGGCAGAGUUUGUUGCAGUAGUGUGGGAAAAGUAUUUUCAGGUGCGGAUACUGAAACACGCCCACAACCGGGUUGCAUCCCACACCUUGUUGUACGACAAGCUGCUCCAAAGGCUUCCAGAUGAGGCUGCAGCAUCAGUUGUGCAACUUGGGCACAAUAUUUACAGUGUUCCAGGCAAAGCUGGCAGUGGGAGGACAUAUGAGGUGUGUGCUGAGCUGGGUACAUGCACUUGCUACAGCGGCAUCCAGGGCGCAUUCUGUAAGCACCAGGCGCUCGUGCACAAGGUGUAUGGCGGAAGCUUCCCGAACGCUCCGGUGUUAACUGCUGCAGACCGCCACAGACUUGGAGAACUGGCCCUGGGAGAGGAAUGUCCACCAGCAUGGAGACAACACCCUAUCUGA